GAAUAUGGGCCUGACGUUAAAGAUAAAUGGGCCUAACUAAAUGGGCUUAACAUUCGGCACAUUAAACGUGAAAUAAAAAAUGUCUUGUCUUCGCAUCAAAUCAGCUUCUGCCUAUAAACUUGGCCGUCGCCGGAUGGAUCGACCACCGUCGUUUCCUAACUACCUAAACCCUAAUCCAAACUUCUUCCACCCUCCUCCUCUACAAACUCCCAACACUUACUCCAUCCCUCCACCUCCGCCACCGAUUCGCGACCUCUCCGCUACACUCUCCUCUCUACACUCUCUACUAUCUGAAUCUCAACGCACAUUAGCUUCCCUCUCGCAAAAUCUAUCUUCUCUUCUCCACAAGGACGGUUUCGUUCAAUGUCCUUUCGAUCCUAACCACCAAAUGCCACCGGAAGCUCUCUUCCUCCACUCACUCCAUUGCCCUAACCCCCUCGAUCUCACUCCCUUCCUUGAAUCAUUCAGUAGCUACAGAAACACGCUCGAAUUAACGGUAAAGCCAGAGCUGAAUAACGUCGGCGAUGAUGGUGAUGACGAUCUCUGUUUCUCCUUAGAUGACGUCACAGACUUCGGGAACAACUUCUUCUACAACGAUUGCCCUGCCGUUGUUAAUUUCUCUGAGUUUAACAGUAAAACGCGGCGUUUUACACUUCCUAGUGUUAUACUUCUAUCUGUUGAAUGCGGAGAGUUUGUUGGUUCUUCUGUUUUGGAGAUCUUACCGUCUGAUGUUUGGGUGAUAAGAAGUGAGAUUGGGAGAUGGAGAGAUUAUCCUACUUCGUAUUCUUAUAAUGUUCUUUGUUCGAUUCUUGGUUCAGAAGAGGUUGUAAUGAGUGAGUUAAUGACGUGGAUUCUUGUGAAUUCGACGAGAUACGGUGUUAUAAUCGAUACAUACAUGAGGGAUCAUGUUUUCUUGCUGUUCAAGUUGUGUAUGAGAGCGGUUGUUAAGGAGGCUAAAGGGUUUAUGAGAGAGUAUGAUGGUGAUGUUGGGGGUGAGGAGAGGUGUAAGAGUAGAAGGUUUGUGUGUCCAGUUUUGUUUCGAGUGUUGGCUUGGUUAGCUUCUCAGCUUGGUGUGUUGUAUGGAGAAGGGAACGGGAAGUUUUUUGCUCUGGAGAUGUUGAAACAGUGUAUUGAAGUAUCUGCCUCUCGAAUUGUGUUGUUUCGGUCGCCUGAAUCUUCUGGUGUUGUCGAGGAUUUGGAUGAGGAUGUGAAGAUUGGGAAAGCUUUGGAUAGUGGUCAGGUGAUAUCUGUGUCUCGUGUGGCAGCAGCUGUUGCGGCGUUGUAUGAAAGAUCGAUGCUUGAAGGAAAAAUAAGAGCAAUUCGAUAUGCACAACCACUAAAUAGAUAUCAGCGGGUGGCUGAGCUUGGUGUUAUGACAGCUAAAGCUGAUGAGGAACGGAAGGGACGUCCUAGCUACCGACCUAUUAUUGAUCAUGAUGGUCUUCCCAGACAACGCUCAUCAAAUCAGGAUAUGAAUAAAAUGAAGACAAGAGAAGAGCUUUUAGCUGAAGAGAGGGAUUACAAGCGUCGAAGAAUGUCCUACCGCGGUAAAAAGGUGAAACGAACGCCUCUACAGGUGUUACGGGAUAUGAUAGAAGGAUUUACAGAAGAAGUUAAGCUAGCAGGAGGUAUUGGAUGUUUUGAGAAGGGAAUGCCAUUACACUCCUCGUCUUCUAUAGGCAAAGAUCGGAAGGAAAGUGACCUUGGAUACAAUUCUGUAUCAACAACAUUGACAGACGCAUCACCAAGAUCCUAUAAGCAACGGAAAGGAGAGAAGGGAAUACCAUUACACUCAUCUUCUAAAAGCAGGGAUCAGAAAGAAAUUGACUCUGGAUACAAUUCUGUAUCAACGACAUUAACAGACGCAUCACCAAGAUCCUAUAAGCAACGGAAGGGAGAGAAUAGUGAACAUCCUAUGGAGAGUAGAAUCAAUACAGAUAAAAGAAAGGGGUAUGAGGAAUGUGAUUCAGGCAGCUCAGAGAGACAACAGAGUCACAGAUCACACAAGCGCAGUGAUGGAAGAGAUGAUGAAUUCACAAGGACCAAAAGACAUAGCCACGAAAGGGAGCCUUAUCAUCAAAACCACAGAUCGUCUCGUGAAAAGAGUUCUUCAGAUUACAAAACCAAAAGGGAUGAUCGUUACGACAGCCGCCGCAGUCGAGAACCUAGGAAACAGAACUCGUUUGAAGAUAGAUACAAUCCAUUAGAAAGAGAUUGA